CAUGUCAAUAAAACAGGUUCCUUAAAAACAGUGAUGUAAACUGCGGGGGUAAAUACUCCGAAUACAAAAAAUCGCAAAAACUUUGGCGCAAAACACGAACUUUGUGGUUUGAAAGCGUAAACAUGCCUUCGUCAGUUCGACCAAAGGGCUCUGGUGGCGGCAACCGCGCUCCCCCAGUUACCCCCAUGUCAGAGCGUCAGCAGAUGGCCCUGCUGAUGCAAAUGACCUCCUCGACGAACGACGUUGGCUCUCGAAGCCCCAGCGGUCCCAACUCGUCGCGAUCAAGAGACCGAAACGAAAGAGGUGAAACACCAUUGCAUUUAGCUGCAAUUAAAGGCGAUGUCGAACAAGUUUGUAAAUUAUUGGCACAUCGGGCUGAUCCUAACGCUACUGAUUUUGCUGCAGGGUGGACGCCUCUGCAUGAAGCGUGCAACCACGGCUGGUACGAGGUUGCUUUCCGGUUGGUGCAGGCGGGGGCCAACGUCAACGCGAAGGGCCACGAGAACGACACGCCGCUUCACGACGCCGCCAUGAAUGGACACAUCAAGCUGGUCAAGCUUUUGGUCGAACGGGGCGCCGACAUACAUGCUAAGAAUUCCAAGGGGAAAACGCCUUUAGAUGUUGCCACAAGUGCUGUUACACCGUAUUUGCUCAAUCCAAGUUUGCCUUUACCAGAAUCGACUGUAUCCACUCGAGUACAACCACGCGUAAGGGAUGACAAAAAACUCUCAUCCGAACCCACCAAGUCAAAACUACCUGACGAACCAAUGGACACGGCUAAGAUGUCUGCCGCCGAAGACGUCUACGAAUUCAAGUCGAUAAAAGAAUCCGAGCAGACGCAGGAACAGAAGAGCGUCUCCCAGGAGGCGAACAGCGAUGCCGGCGACCAGCCGAGCGCCGCCGCCGCGCAGUCGGAAGAAACUUCCAAGCGGAACUUCGCGGAGAUAGCCGACCCGAGCGAAGACGGCGGCAACGACGACGAGAACAGGCGGAAGAAGCGCAAAGAGGAGGGCAACAAAGACGGGAAGACGCCCACGCAAAGAAACGCGAACCAGAGCAAGGGGCAGAGCGGCAAGCAGGGGGUUGCGGCGCAAGGGAAGCAGGGACUCACCGGAGGCGGAAAGGCCGCCUCAGAAAAAAAGAGUCCGUGUUCGAGCCCGAAGCCGUCAAGCAACAGCGACGCGGAGCUGGAGGACGGAAAGUCGGACUUGAAAGUACCGCCGCUGAAGAUCGUGAUACCUCAGGGUGGCAGCGGGGAGCAGGAGGGGGGCACGAGUAGGAACGGGAAGAGCAGCUCACAAAGGGCGCAUCCGCUGCCGUACGUCGUAGCGAGCUCGAAUAGCAGCAGCGACUCGAACGACAAAGAGAUGGCGGCGGGGAGCGUUAGUCCGGAAGGGGCGAGCAAGGGGGAUGACAAGAAGGAGGGCAAUGCGGGGGGGCAGGCGGAUGAACAGAGAGGUUCUAGUCACCAGAGAGUACUGAGGAGUUCGCAUAGAACAGGUCCAUCUCAAGGAACUGAUCGUGGUAGUAACAAUUCGUCUCCUCAGCUACAGAGGUCGCAUUCGCCGUCGCCCUCGGCGUCACCAGUUACGCCUUCUAAUCAGAACGAAAUUGUUGCGUCGAGUGCUACUGCUACAAGUACAUUGUCGAAAACGUCGGAUUCACAGGCCACUUUGAAUAAUGACACCGAACCCACAUCUGCCUCGUCCACUUCUAGCACGACGACAACAACCACAGCACCGGUGGAACUGCAUCCACGCAAGCGCAAAAUGAAACCAAACAAAGAACUGUCGGCUCCGCCCCCAGAAGCGCAAGAAGCACCAGCAGAAACACAGAUUCAUCCGCACGAUCAACCAAUCACGAAUUGUUACCAACUCUUCUUGAACAUACGAAAGCAGAUCGAUAAAAGAAGAAGGGGGCUAUUUCCAGUCCAACCAAAGCCUCCGCAAGGCUUUAAAGACUAUCUGAUGAACAGAUGUACGUACGUCUUGGCAAGCACAGCUCCAACAACCCCAAACAUAUCCUACCCUCCCACACUGCCAGCGCAGAUGAAAGAUUUGUUCACGGAGCAGGAAAAGGAGCGGUACAGGCUUCGAAUGCAGCAUGUAAUUGAGAAAGAGAAGCUCGUGUUGUCUGUGGAACAAGAAAUUCUACGGGUGCAUGGGAGGGCUGCACGCGCUCUGGCCAAUCAGUCGCUUCCAUUUUCUGUGUGUACGAUUUUGAGAGAUGAAGAGGUCUAUAAUCUCAUCACGCCAGAACAAGAAGAGAAGGAUCGAAAUGCUCGUUCUAGAUAUAAUGGUCGACUUUUCUUAAGCUGGUUACAAGAUGUCGAUGAUAAAUGGGAAAAAAUCAAAGAGCACAUGUUGUUGCGACAUCAUAAUGAAGCAGAAUCUUUGCACGCUGUGCAAAAAAUGGACUGGGAAUGGAAAAUGAAAGAACUGAGUUUGUGUGAUAAGAAAACGACUCCUUCAAUUGAUGAGCAUCAUGUACCGAUGGUACAUGUCAGUGAUGACUUUGAUCUCUUACCUGCGUAAUAUGUGAUUUAAUUUUUAUAACUGACGGUAUUUUUUGUUAGUUUUAAGAACAGAGUAAAUAAAGUUAAGACUAAAUGAGAAAAAA